AUGCCCAUCAAGGGAACCUGGAUUCAGAAUGGCAUGUAUGAGAUGAUAUACGGCAAUCGUCAUACCAGAGAAGACACCCGGGCUUCACAACCUGCCAACGCGUCAGGCGAGGCCGCCUCGCAUGCCGUAAAUCCGCUCGCAUCGCCGCUGCAGGGUCAAUUCAAAAGCUAUCGUAACCUGUAUGAUGUGGGGGAUGAUAGACCCUCUCUCCAAAGCGAGAUGAGACAGCAGGAUGGGGAGAUCAUGGAGGAAGUUCAGGAACACGCGUUCCGUGUUAUGCCCUGCCUCCGUGAUAAGUACGAGGGAGGAUGGCCUGUGGAUGUCUACCUACGGACGGCUCUCAAGCCCCACGGGCGGGGUAUGACCCCAGUCCAGCAGAGAAAAUGCAACCAGGCAUCGUACAAGUACCACGGAAAGCCUAUAGUAAUUGCCAGUACGGAGCUGAGAGAGAAUCUUAGGGUGUGCUCUGAUUCAGUGGUGUGUCUUCGAGGCCCUACUCGCUACUACUCGGGCUCGGAAUACUCGGACUCGGAAGACGACGCAAGGCUAUCAGACCAUAUCCAACAAGGUUGCGAUGCAACACCUCCGUCGGGACUGGACCCUCAUGUCUACCGGUACAACGAAAGCUCAGUGACCAUGUCGAGCAACACCAACGCACCGUCUAGCUCUUCCCCGUCUCCAUCCCGCUCUUCUACUAGGCCCGCCGCGUCCGCCUCUCGCACCGCCUCCUGGUCCGACUCGCGAUUCGGGAGCAUGCCCUCUCAACGGCGCUUGGCGCCCCCACCUCUCGACCAGCCGCUCGUCGGGCUCCUCCGCGCAUAUGCCCUUCCGCCGCAAGACGUAGAGCACCUGGUCGGUCUCUUGGCCUCCCUCAGCGUCUCAGACAUGGACUAUCUGCGCCUCCUCUCCCGGAUGGCCUCCACCGACAGUUGGUUGCGUGAGAUGCGGGAGCAGGGACAGCUCAGUGAGAUUCAGCUGCGCCUCCUGCGCGAGAUACUGGAGCGCGUCGCUGACUCCGAGUGA